AUGUCACAAUACGAUAAUCCCAAUAAUUGUUUAGAUGGAUUUAUUGAAUAGCUCAAUAAAUGCAAGCCUCUGACUGAAUAGGAUGUGAAAUGGCUUUGUGAAAAGGCUAAAGAAAUUUUGUAGGAAGAGAGUAAUGUUCAGCCAGUUAGAGCUCCAGUGACUAUUUGCGGUGACGUCCAUGGAUAAUAUGAUGACUUAAUGGAAUUAUUUAAAAUUGGAGGUAAUGUACCCGAUACAAAUUAUCUUUUCCUGGGAGAUUACGUUGAUCGUGGCUAUUAUAGUGUAGAAACUGUAUCAUUACUACUGGCUUUGAAAGUCAGAUAUAAAGAUAGAAUAACUAUUUUAAGAGGGAAUCACGAAUCCAGAUAAAUCACAUAAGUCUAUGGAUUUUAUGAGGAAUGUGUCAGAAAAUAUGGUAAUGCAAACCCAUGGAAGUAUUUCACUGAUUUAUUUGAUUAUCUCCCAAUAACAGCAGUGGUUGAAAAUUCAAUCUUUGGUUUACAUGGAGGACUGUCUCCUGACGUCACAACUCUUGAUGAAAUAAGAAGACUGGAUAGAAUACAAGAGGUACCUCAUGAAGGUCCUUUAUGUGAUUUAUUAUGGAGUGAUCCUGAUGAUCGAAAUGGAUUUAAUCCAUCACCAAGAGGAGCUGGAUUUACUUUUGGAGUAGAUAUUUCUGAAAAAUAUAAUCAUACAAAUGGAUUAACCAUGAUUGCCAGAGCACAUUAAUUAGUUAUGGAAGGCUUUUAAGAAACUCAUGAAAAGAAUUGUGUCACAUUAUUCUCUGCUCCAAAUUAUUGUUAUAGAUGUGGAAAUUAAGCUGCCAUUUUAGAAGUGGAUGAACAUAUGAAUCAAAAUUAUUUGCAAUUUGAUCCUGCUCCAAGAAGAGGAGAACCUCAUUUAACCAAAAAAACACCAGAUUAUUUCUUAUGAAAUUAUUGAUUUUGGUUGUUUCAAUUUAAUAUUAAUUUAUUCAUAAACCUUUACAUUAUUUCUUUUA